AAGCCAAUUGCACAUGAAAUUUGCUUUUGUCCUUCAUGUGAACGCUUGGUGUUUUAAGUAGCUCACCACAUGACAAAUGCGUCUGUUUGGCGGUGUCUUUUCUAGUUUUCUUCUUUAAUAAUAUAGCUUCAUUAGGUUAAUAGGUUUCAGUAGUAUAGCUUUUGCUUUUCCCAAUAAACUUUGACCUUUAGCUUCCUCCACUGUCUCCCUACAUAUAUUAUUUUAACUAGAUUUUGGUGUACGCAUUUGAGUUACCCAAGUGAGUGAAAAAAGCAAUGGGAAAACUCAGUUUUGGCAAGAUGCUAGAUUGUUUGUAUCUGUCUUCAAUCUCAGGCUCAUCGUGCUCUUGUUUUUGCAUGAACACUUUGGAUGAUCAUGAUGACGAGUUUGACAAGAAGCCAAUGAUAACAUCUGAGAAAACCCAGUUGGUGAGAUUGAAGGAUGUUGUUUCUGGCAAUCAGACCUUGGCCUUUCAACUUGAGCCUAAGAUGGUGGUACUGAGGGUAUCCAUGCAUUGCUAUGGCUGUGCAAAACAAGUAGAGAAGCACAUUUCCAAGCUUGAUGGAGUGAACUCAUACAAAGUAGACCUGGAAAGCAAAAGGGUGGUUGUUGUUGGUGAUAUAACCCCUUUUGAAGUGAUGGAGAGCAUCUCAAAGGUUAAAACUGCAGAGCUUUGGACCGCCUGAACAAAACCAUACUUUAUGAGAAGCAACACUAGCAUAUAUUUUAUGUUUUGCAGACAUUUCAAAGCUCUUGUUGGCCCGGUUCUGUCUUGCUAACUGUGUUUUGUUAGCAGCAAAAGUGUGUUGUAAAUUGUAGUUACUGUUAUUGUUAAGCGGGUAUUUUUUGCAUUGAACAUGGCCCUGUGGUAGUGGUUCUGUCCUCAUCUUUGAAGGACAUGGCAUGUGGUUUUUAAGAGAGUUUGGUUGGCAGGACCCAUUUUAGGGCAAGAUUCGAUCGAUACAAACAUAU